GAGCAGACUUCACCGAUCGAUAGAGCCAAUUCUCUUUUUCUUCGUCUUCAACCUAGAACUGAGAGGGACGGACACACACAUAGAGAUUCACGACCAGGGAAGGGGGCCAUCGGGAUAGGUUCUGGCAGGAAGCAGACGCAACAAGGAUUAACAACGAUAGUCUGGAGCAGUUACUUAAGCCAAUUCAGCGAAAAAUAAAAAAUUAUCUAGCGUCAAAGCUAAGAAUCAUGGAUAAAGACAUGAUUCACUUCUAUUGGGUAAGGCCAAUCACCAGUUUAUGUUUGAAUGUCUCCAACAAGGUAACUACCUCUAUUCUUGUUUCUAGGGAUGACCAGGUUCUGAUAACUAUACUAGAAGAGCUGCACAUGGGCUUGUUAUAAAAUAUAGCCUGACUAAGCCAACAUCCAAAACCUUUUCUGAUUCUAGUACAUAUGAAUUGUUAUGAUGAUUGUGAUAAUUCAAUUGCUUGCCAGAUAGUUUCUGCCUCAGCUAUUGGGCUAGGGAUGAUUUUAAUUCUUCAAAAAGUUUUGCUAACCCUGAAGCUGUAGAGAUAUUGUGUGAAACCUAAAACACUGAUGACGCAACUGUUUUAUCAAAAGGUGUUCUUGUUUCUAAUGAAGCUAUUGCUGUUAUACCUAAAGUUGUUAUUUCUGAUGAGUUUGUUACUACUUAAUUUCUUUCCAAUAAAUCUACCAAUGAUAUUCAAAGUGAAGGGGUUGUUGUUACUGAAACAAUUCAAGGUAAAGGGGUUGCUCAAGAUGCUCUUAUAUCAAAUGUUGUUUCUUACUUUGAAUAACUAAACCCUUAGUUCUUGUUCUUGAUAUAAAUCAAGGAAAAGGGUUUGGUCAGGAUCCUAUUUUAGUCAUGGAGCAAUAUCACUCCGCUGUUGAGGUUAAUACUGCAUUUGUUCUCGCUAAAAUUGUUAAAGCUACCCCUAUGGAUAGAGAAAUAAUAGAAAAAGAUGAAACAACUUCUGUGCCGCCCAAUGCUAAUGUCCUUACUAAUUCUCUCAGCAUUAAUAAGACAGAGUCUCCACACUAAGCGUUUCAUGGGAGGACUUUGGAUGGCAACUUCGACCCCAAGGUUUUGGGAAAAAAUGAUUCUAGAUCUGACGCUUUUACCUCUACUUUUGAUAUAUAGGGUACACAAAUCCAUGAAGUAUGCCAAACUAGCAGGGAAGUUUAACACAGCUUCUUAUUGCAUUAUUCGGAAUUCCCAAAGGAAUUUAUAAUAUUUGAGUGUGCACUUCACACUUCCACAAGAGAACAUUCAUUAGUAGAAUGAAUAAGUGAUUUUUGCAACAUGAAAAUGGUUUGAGAAAUCUAAUUAUAGCUAGGAUGGAACACUUAGAGGGAAUUAAUUAGUGGAUGGAAGAUUCAUCAAAAGAAUGCAUAGAAAUUAUUUAUAGGAUGAAACAUUAGGUAUUAGAACAGUUUCUUUAAGAUAUAGUUGAGGUAUGUGUAGUGGUUUAUGCAUUUUCUUUUAUUUUCAGCAUGCCAUGCAUUUCUUUUUCAUAUGGUUAAUAAUAUUUUUCAUGCUAUAUUAAGUCCUUGGCUAUCUGCAAGAUCAGUCAUCUUAUAUAUGGCCUCUUUUGUUCACAAUGAAGGACUCAACAAGGACAAGGAAAGAUCAAGAGGCUAUUUUUGAAGGCAAGAAACACAUACUUGCAAGUGACAUUUUCCAAAUAGUUCUUAGCCAAAGGUUUGAACAGAGUCCAAAGAUACUUUUUUAAAAGGUAAGGAGCACAUACUUCCAAAUACUAUUUUGUUAAGAAAAGUCGUAUUUGAUCAAUUUGCUGCCGAUGGGGAUAAUAAACAUUUGUCGUUAAGGGUUGUUUUGAUCUCUUUACUUUAAGACUGAAGAUUUGUUAGAGGUUGAUCUCUUUCAAGCUUAGAAAGCAUUUGUAGUUGAGAGAUUCUUUCGACAAAAUUCUCGGCACCAAAUCUAACAAAGUCCAAUGUCCAGGACUUAUUGGUCGGUAUAAUCUCCAAGUCCCAAUUGUUCUUCAAUUCCUUCUUAAUUUAUGUCCAAUCUUAUGCCUAUGAUUUAUUUUUGUCUAUUCUGUCUAUGUAUUACGGUUUGGACUAAUUUGGAUAAAGCUUUGGUUAUAUCAAAUGUUUUAACUUACUUAGGUAGUAAGUUAAUUAUUGUUUGCUGAUCUAAAUUACCAGACAUCUCCCCUCUUUCUUUUCAUUGUUAUAUUUCAUGCUUUUGAGAUGAUAGACGUAAUGAUAAAUUCUGCAAUCUAUUUUUAGUUUUUUUACUUAUAAACAAAAAGAUGGAGACUCAGGUUCUGAAUUUUUAAUUCAAAGAUUCCCUCUUUUGUCGAUUACAAGUCGAAAAAAGAAAUUGAUGAUUUUGUUAAUCAACUCAAAGAAAGGGUAUCUUAGUCCUUUCCUACACUUAGUCUCCUUGCCUUGGUCUAUAUUCAAUAAUGAAAUCAGGCAAACACAUACGAAUAGAGGGAAUAUUAUUUAAAUUUCCAUAUAUAGUAGCAUGUUUCGUAUGGUUAGUUCCUAUACAUUUGCCUUUAUUUGACCUUAAGCAUUGUGUUGAAAUAAUAUAUAUAAUCUUUAUGCAAUUUUGCUGCAGUAUACACAAUCUGGGUUGCUUAUGCUCCUUUUAGAAUUGGCACAGGGGACACACAUGGAGAAUUCUGAUGAAGUUGGAUCAUGGCUACUUUUGGACAACUUGCUAAAAUGCUUAUGAUUGACUGUGAUCAAAAUGACCGUAGUUUACUCUUUCAGAUCAAGGCUCAAUAUGAGAUAUACCAUUUAGUUUCCGCUUUGGAUGGGAAUUACAAUCAAAAUAGAAGUGACAAGAUGAAAUGAUGAAGAGAUGGAGCUUAUUUAGAUGAAUAUUAGAGGAAGCUUUUAGGAUACUUUUUUCAUAAAACAUAUUUAUUAUUACUAUAUUUAUUUUAUGUCAAAACCCUAUUAUAUUAACAAUUGUGAACCUUUGAUUGUU